GCUCUUGUCCGGUUCGUGUCAUCGCCGCAGCGGAGAUCCCCGGUGCUCCUGCCCCGCCUGCCCUGCACCGAGCCCCGGCCAUGGCGCUACAGUUCACCGAUGAAGAGUUCCAAGCGGCCUGGAAGGAGCUGGACGAGCCGCAGCUGGACGGAGGAUGGGAGCUCUUCACCGAGACCAUGGGCGUCAAGAUCUACCGGCUCUACGACAAGGAUACGGGUCUUUACGAGUACAAAGUAUUUGGCAUCCUGGAGACCUGCCCUGCUGAUCUGUGUGCGGACGUGUACAUGGACCUCACCUACAGGAAGCACUGGGACUCCUACGUCAAAGAGCUGUACGAGCAGGACUUUGGUGGACAGAAGGCCAUCUACUGGGAGGUCAAAUACCCGUUUCCUCUGUCCAACCGAGACUAUGUGUACAUCCGUGAGCGCAGAGACCUGGAGGUGGACGCGAGGAGGAUCUUCGUGGUCCUGGCCCGCAGCGCUCCUCAGACCCCGUGCCCAGAGACCAGCGGAGUGAUCCGGGUGAACGACUACAAACAGAGCCUGGCCAUCGAGAGCGACGGAGCCUCAGGGACAAAGAUGUUCAUGCAUUACUUUGACAAUCCUGGAGGCUCCAUCCCCACAUGGCUCAUCAACUGGGCAGCUAAGAGUGGAGUCCCGGGGUUUUUAAAGGACAUGAAAAAAGCCUGCAACAGCUACAAGUCGUACUGCCAGAAGAAAUGAGCGUCUAAAAAAAAUCAACAAGUCUACAUCAGCAAAAACGACCUUAAUUCACUUCAACUCAAUUUAUUAGAGUUCUGUAAUUACCUACACUGCAAAAAGUCAUAUUUCAGUUACAAUGAUUUUUAAUUUUUAUUUUUUUUACCUUAUUACAAUUUAUUAGAUUAGAAAAAAAAUCUAAACUGGAAAAAAUACAAUUCUAAUUCUACAUGAGUUAAAAUGACUUGAAUGAAUGUGUAAUUCAGUAGUCUUGUUAGUUUUGGCUGCCAGUCAAAUGUUCAAAUUUCAUUAUAAAAACACUAAAAUACCUGAAAUCUGGCAGAAAAUAUUGUGGUAAAUCGAAUAUUAUUUAGGUAUUGUGAAUUUUCAGAGUAGAUUCAUCAGACCUACUUCAAAAUCAAGGUAAAACAUUGAAUUCCAGUCUUUUUAACUCACGCACAGCUCUUAUUUUGACAGGCAGGUGGAGAUGCUUUUAUUUUGAAUGUCUGGGGAUGGGAGACUCCUUCAGGUUUGACGCUAUUGCUGUAGUUCAUUCAUCGUUUUGUGCAAUCAGGGUUUUAUUUUGAAACUUUGAAACUACUCAUUUUAUUUUAUAUAUAGUUUUUAUCUCUGUUUCCCCAAUGUUGCCACUCCAAGUGUACUACUACUUCAGAUAUAUUUAUUAGUAAGUACACAGAUACUUUUGAGUACCCUGACUUCUAUUCAAGAGAUUUAGUGACCAAUCAUAAUAUCGACUUUGCACUAGUAGAUUAUAGGAGUUUUAUCAUUUUGAAAGAUAAUUUUUAAUGAUUUUAUGAGCGAUUUAUUCAAAUUUAUAGGAAAAAAAUAACGAUUCCUUAUGUAGUACGUUUACACUCCAUCAGACUAUUUAAACACACUGUAGAACAUUUUUUAAAGGUUCACUGUGUAACUUUUCUAGUGGAGAGGCUUGUCUCCAUGGAGAUAUUAGUGCUUUGCCUGGAAUGUUCCACAGUACGGUUUUAAACUUCUCUAUUUAACAUUUAUUCAAUUAUAGGUGUUUUAUUGCUCAAAAAUACUUUGUACUGUGAGCGACGUCGCCUCUCCACGGAUCUGACCUGUAACUUGACCUGGUGUAAUUGAGAACACAUUUUCACAUUUGUUUGAGAAAUAAAUGAACAAAAAUUAAAGAAUUUUGAUUUUCUUUGCCAGUAGGUCUAAGAAAUAGGCCGUGAAAAAGAUACACAUUUUUUUAUAUAAAUGGUCUUAAAAAUUUCUUUUAAAAGACUUGAAUUUAACUUGGAAGAAUCUCGUAGGAACCCUGGAUACUGUGGAACAUUAACAAUAACAUCGAAGCUCCACAAGAAAAGUUCCGCAGUGCAGCUUUAAAUACUCUUCUGUACAAACCUAGGACAAUGUAAUAAGUAAAACAUGUUAAUUUAUAUUGUGUUGCUGAGAGACAAUUUAACCCGUGUUACUGCUGCCUUCAAGCUGUAUUAUUUUUCUUUGUCACUCCUCCCCGCUAUCCUGAGGCACUGACUUGAAUACCUCCUCUGACAUGUUGGUGUUAGUAUUUUGAUAUGCAAUACGGUUAAACAUAAAGCUGACUAUCCACCUUAUUCCGGAAGUCGUGGGUGCUCCAUCAUGAUUCAGGUUGUAUUAUAUUGUAUGGUGCCAAUCUUGACAGUAAAUACUGUAAAAUACCAAAUAAUAAAAAAAUAAUAGUCACUUCACAGACCAGGCAUUUAUUUGAGACCAGGCGACAAAUUGGGGCAGGGAAUUAAUUCCUUCCUCACAAAAAUCUGCGUAAAUAUGGUCCUCAAAUUCUAUAAUUUACAGUUUUUACAGCAUGACUUUUGGUGGGCGUCACCGUUAUACGAUGGCCUGGCGUACACUUUGCCGACCUCAUCAGCACAAUUCCUGCCGCCUCGUCCCCUGCCUUUUCCUCGCUCCUUUGCCACAACUUUCCUCUUACGCCACAGCAGCUACGAUCGCACUGCUGCUUCCUCCCACUCGCCGAAUUGAAGUAAAAUUACCAAAACUCCUGAAAGUCCUAGUCUUCUUCAUACCUCUUCCAUGCAGCUUGGCCCUUUUGCCGUCCUCCUCCGCCGUGAGCCAAAUAAGAAGUUCUCCAGGAGGCUCUUCCGGCUCCUUCUGACUCUAGGCUCCAAUGGACUUACGUUAGGAUCUUGUGGCUCUUCUCUUUGUAAAUGCUGACGGGUGACGUCACAAUCGUUUAGUCCACUUCUUUUAUACACUCUAUGAUCCUCCACAGACGCUGAAGCUCCGAUUGAUUUUUUCGCCAAUCUUUCACUCUCUUGGGGUCAACAGAAAAACGUCUCGCGACUGCUUCUCCGGAGUUUUCCUCUGCGUAUUUUACCACAGAAAGUGCUCCCUCUCCUCCGACGCACCCAUCUCUAGUAACUGAUGUGCGGAGUUCUCAUUCUUUUAUACCACAGAAAGUUUAAAUUUAAGUUAUAUCUUAUAUUUUUUUCACGGCGAUCAACUGUGUGGUCAAAGAAAGCACAAUAGGCUACGUAAAAACUAAGCAAAACAAAACAGGCGAAGAAGAAAAACAUGCAGCGACAGUGGUCACGUCUUCUUGCUUGAUUUGUUUUUUUGAUUUUUUUUUUAAUACAUUAGACUUGCCAUUUAUUUGGAACCGGCGGUUAUUUAUCAAAAUAUACACCUGCACUUUGCGUUUAAAGAGGACCUGGCGGCAAAUUUAAACCCGGCAAUUAUUUGAUAUUUUAUGGUCAUUUCAAUCUGGACGAUAAAUCCGUUUUAAAGCCUCACAGAGAAUAGCUGCAGUGUGACUUAGUUGGUGGUUGGUGCACAUGAAAAUUUUUUGUCGUAUUUAAGAUGCAAAACGUUUCCCAAAUUCUCACGAAUGGGAUCCCCAUUUAACUGGAAGUGCCACCACAAAAAAAGCAAGGUUUAAGAGCGUUUAGAGACAAAAGUGGGCGGCGUGGAAGAAGGUGGAUAAACAUUUAUUUUAAAAUUCUGGAAAACGAUCAAAUGAACCAUGCUAGACAAUACCUAUAUACCUCAGAAACUCCAUAAACACAAACUCCUGCUGUCGUGCACUCUCUCGCUCUCUCUUCUGUCAUGGUGUUGAUUGUAAAACUGAAUGAAGACUAUGCAUUUUUGUGUUUUUGUCUGUUAUAUUGUGUGCACUGUGGGUCUCUGCUGUUGUGGGAAUGUUUACAAUCUUAAAUAUGUAUGAGGUUAAUAUAUGAACUGAUUACUGUGUAAUGCUGCUGUACAGAUCAAUAAAGUUUCAAGAAAGCAUG